AUGGCUAACGAGCACAGAGACAGCCAUGACAUUUCCAUGCAUCAAUACGUCAGGAGGAGGGACGAAGGGAUGGUUGAAAGCAACCACCUCCUCCAGGAGGCGAUCUCCAGAAGGAUCCCACACGUCCUUCGUGAGAGAGAACUGAGUGGGGUAGACAGAUGCAACAAGAUCUUCUCUUCCAUCUGGCUGGAUGCCAAUCGCGUCCUUGCCGGAACCAAGGACAACCAGCUGAUGAUCUGGGACCAUCUCUCUCCUCUCCAUACACCCCUGACAAGAGCUCGCUUCAGCUGCUUCUGCCUCCCCUCCUACAUGACGGACGACCUGGGGAUCAACAACUGUGGGAUACACAGCAUAGCCAUGUCGGACGAUCGGGUCAUAGCCACAGGGGGUCAAAAACCAGAAGACAUCAUGAUCAUACAGGGAUCCAACUUGCGGCCCAGCAAGCUGCUUCGGGGCCACACGGACUGGGUCUUUGCGCUGGAAUGGAUAGACACAGAGCUCUUGGUCUCUUGCUCAAGGGACAAGAGCGUGAUGCUCUGGAGACCGAACCAACCAGGGAAGAAACCUGUCGACGUCCGCCUGUACCACCUCGACAAGGUGAGAGAUCUCAAGUCUGCAAGGAUGACGAGCCUAUUUGCAACGCUCUCCAUCGAUGGGACGGUGAAGUUCUGGGACGUCAUGUCCAACCCUCCUCUGUCCACUGUACACCUCCGCCAUACGCAGGACCUUGUGUGCAUGGCAUUCCACCAGAAGCAGGGGCUGUUCCUUGUAGGGUCUGAAAGCCACGUCCAGAUCCUCGAUCCCCGGACUGCGAAGCUGGUUGAGACGGUGGAGGCGCUGGAGACUGGGAGGGGAGUAAGGUCGUUGAGCGUGCUGGAAGAUGUGCUGACUGUCGGAAGCGGAGCCGGCUCGCUUUCCUUCCUUGAUCUGAGGAUCAUGAAGUACAUGGAGCUGGAAAAUGCUGGUGGAAGGAAUUUUUACCGGACAGGACGAGGCUGGCUGAAGAGAGACUCUAUCUUUGACAACUACUUUCUAGGGCAGGAAGCGCCGAAUGCAGUCUACACGCACUGUUACGAUCCGACUAGAACCAAGCUGUUUGUCGGCGGGGGACCUCUAGCGUUCGGACUGUCAGGCAGCUAUGCGGCGAUUUGGUGA